GUGUUGCGCACCAGAUUGUUUCUAGUGUGACCAGAUUGUUUCUAGUGUGAACCAGAAACUAUCUGCUGAACAUUAACAUUAUAUAGCAUUUAAGCUAGCAGACUUUUGCUAUGCAAGCUAGCCAAUGCCGUACCGCACGCAAUACGUUUCGCUCAUUAAUAUUCAUGACGUUAGCCACUGUUGCUAGGCGGGUCAAGCUAGCAUUUGUCCCUAAUGCUAAAUGCAUGUAAAUAAUGUACAAACUAGAUGUUUACUGAGCUAAACCUACCAAUUCUGUCCGAAAAUUAUUUCCCUGGUGCCAAAUUCACUGGUAAAGAUGUGGAAGAACAUACAAAUAUUCAGUUAAAGAGAUGGCUUGAGUGUCGAGGGCUGAAGAAGACUGGAGAAAGACACCUUUUUCUUGUGUGCAUUGCCUUACGCCACCCACAAUGACAUCCCUGUUUCAACAAGCUAUGCUUUACCACCAUGUGCUCCGUCUUAUACAUUAUAGGCUAUCCUCUGGUUGUCCUACUUCUCUUUCUGUUCCUGGGGGUAAUUUACAUUGUUAUUUUUGUGUAGCGACCGCAAAUGCUACUCAGUGACAGCCAACGAACACUUUUAAUUUUUUCAUUACUAACAAAUCUUAAUUCUACUAUUUAUUUAGACUUCCCCCUAAUUAAAGUUUUUUUUUUUUUUUUUUUUUUUUUUUUUACAACAGAAAAGGUAAAAGCAGUGGCAGUCAGAUACCAUUUAGGUUUUUUCAGGUCAUUCAUGGUCAGACAGAAGCAGCACGGCAAAAUGCCACGCUAAAAAAUAAGUAAAAAUAUCAAAAUGGCUUACCUCUUCAUCCACUGUAGGACCAUGCCCCCAACAAAAUGUUGACUGCAUAUGGCUUCACCUUGCUAGCAUUAAACUGGUCUUUUGGACGUCUGCACAAGGUUAUCCAUUGUUCACGUUUUUUCCUCUUUUUUGGCUUUGGGAAACGUAUGAAGAAAACAUCCUUCAUGUGCCGUAAUGUCUAGUGUUGUUUAUACAAGUUCCGUAGCAGCAGUGUUUACUCGGCAUGUUCUUUUUUUGAAAGAUUACCGACAGAAAACAAGCAGUACUAACAUGGGUUGUAUGCGAGGGUGCUUCUAUGUUGACCCACUUCCGGUUUACGAUGGUGACGUGACGGUCUAUAAAUAGCAUUUGUGCAGUACGCUAUUGUUGUACACAUUAGGAUUAUAGAGCAUUUAAGAUAGCGGAUUUAUAUGCAAAUUAGCCAAUUGUUGUAAACAUUAGCAUUAUAAAGCAUUUAAGCUCGCUGACUUUUGCUAUGCAAGUUAGCCAAUUGCAACAAUGCAACAAAUGGCUAAAAAUAGCAAAAGUCCGCUAACUCAAAUGCUACAUAAUCCUACUGCUUAUGCAAGUUAGCCAAUUAUUGCAUUGUUGCAAUGGCAUACCGCAAGCAACACGUCACUUCCGCUCAUUAAUAUUCAUGACAUUAGCUACUGUUGCUAAGUAAGGACAAGCCACCGUUUGUCCCUAAUAGGAAAUGAAUGGAAAUCGUGUACGAAGGAGAUGUUUACAGAGUUAAACCUACCAAUUCUCUCCGAAAAUGAUGUGCCUGGUGCCAAAUUCACUGGCAAAGAUGUGGAAGAACAAAAAAAUGUUCAGUUAAAGAGAUGGCUUUAGUUUCGAAGGCUGAAAAAGACGGAAAAAAAACGAGCCGACCUAAGCAUAGCUUUAGCUUUUUUAUCGACGCGACUGACAAUGACAUUCACCUGUUUGAACAAGCAAUCCUUUACCAUCAGCCCUGUCUUUCUUAUAUAUCCUCUGGUUGUCCUACGUCUCUUACCGUUCUUGGGGGUAAUUUAGUUAGCUUUGUGUAGCGAUCGCAAAUGCUACUCAGUGACAGCCAACGAACACUUUUAUUUUUUCAUUGAUAACACAUCUUAAUCCUAUAAUUUAUUUACACUUCCCCCUUACUAAAGUUGUUUUUUUAUAUAUAUAACAGAAACGGUAACAGUGGCAGUCAGAUACCAUUGUAAUUCUUUUCAGGUUAUUCAUUGUCAGACAGAAGCAGUACGGCACAACGUUACGCUAAAAAAAUACGUUAAAAAUAUAAAAAAUGGCUUACCUCUUUGUCCUCUGAAAGACCAUGCCAACCCAAAAUAAUGUUUACUGCAUAUGAAACCUGAAUGGAUUCGCCGAGCUGGUGUUAAAGUCCGCGCAAGUUGAUUCGGUCUUCACAUUUUUUUCCUCUCGAGUUUUUGGUUUCCAGAAACGUAUGAAGAAAACAUCCUUCAUGUGUCGUAAUGUCUAGAGUCGUUUCUACAAGUUCCAAAAAAGCAAUGCGUGAUCGGCAUGUUCGUUUUUGAAAGAUUACCGAAGAAAAGUAGCACUUUUUACGUUGGGUCUAUGCGAGGGCGGGUCUAUAAUGUCCCACUUCGGCUUUACUUCCGCUUUACGAUCCGACGUCACGGUCUAAAAAUAGCCUGCGUGCGGUACGCCAUUGGCUAACUUGCAUAGCAAAAGUCCGCUGGCAUAAAUGCUAUAUAAUCCUACUGUUUACCAGAUAGCUUCUGGUGCGCACUAGAAACAAUCUGGUGUGCACCAAAUUUCUUAAAUUUAUUUAAUUUCUGUCGAUGUCCCUUUAGGGGCUCCGUAGCAUACAAAAUAGGGGUCUGCAUUUCUGAACCUUCACCCUGAGGCUUACUCACCUAACCCCUAGCCCUAAACCAGUUUGAUCCAACCCCAGUUAAGAACCACUGCAAUAGAGCUUUGUUUCACCUCUAACUUCACCAAAUUGAUCAUACCUAAAGAAAACAAAUCACCCAUAUAUGACUUUCUAUUCAUCAACGGCCACUGCUUGAGGAAAUAAUUUGGUGCUAGCAUAAAUGGAAAGGCUUUGAAAUGUUUUGCAAAAUUGUAUUUUCAAUAUGCACUCAUGUCUGUGAUUUUCUUAAUGGCUCUCUUCAGAGAAGAAGUUUCUAGAUAUUAAAGGCACAAAAUCAUGCAUGGAUUCUGUACCGUCCUUACAAAAUCUAUCUGAGGCAGAGAUUGAAGAACUUUUGCAUAAACUCUACAAGGAUUUAGCAUUAGCAAAUGUAUUACCAAAAGAGGUAGUCCAUAAAACUAGAAGAUCCCGGAAAAACAGAAAGAAAUCGGAUGAUCAAAUAAAAUGUGGGGUGAGUUCAUCACCAGAUGCCUGGUCCAAUACAGAAACAGAUGUAGCGUCAGCAGGAUGGGCAUCAUGUGAAGAAGACAAUUUACGAAAAGAUAUGGUAAAUCCAUAUGUAAAUCCAUACGAGUUACCACCAAUUUUAGUGACAGCUUCCAUGGAAGACGCUUCAUGGACGAAUGUUGAUGUUAAUCCGGAACACCUGCCAGAGGUGCUUGUUCUUCAGCCCAGUCUGCAAGCACAAGCGCUUGAUCUCCCUCCCAGCCCACUAAAGGAAAAUCUUUUUCUUACACCAAGUCCAACGAGGCAAGAACCUUUCCUUACACCAAGUCCACAGAGACAAGAAGCUGUUUUUACACCAAGUCCACCAAGAGAAGAACCUGUUUUUACACCAAGUCCACCAAGCCAAGAACUUGUUUUUACGCCAAGUCCACCAAGACAAGAACCUGUUUUCAUGCCAAGUCCACCAAGACAAGAACCUGUUUUUACGCCAAGUCCACCAAGACAAGAACCUGUUUUUACGCCCAGUCCACCAAGGCGACGAGAACCUGUUUUUACGCCAAGUCCAACAAGGCAACAAUCUGUUUUUACACCGAGUCCACCAAGAAAAUCUGUUCUUACACCAAGUCCAUCGAGGCAAAGACUUGAUUUUUCACCUAGUCCACCAAGGAAAAUCAAGUUUGUUAAUAAAAGUGAAGUGAUGGUACAUAUGAAAGGAUCAGAUGAAACCAGCAGCAGGACUCGAAAUGAUACAACACCUAGCAUUGAGAAGGCUAAGUGUGUUAGCAGGGUAACGAUACUCGGGGCUGAUAAAGCCAAGACAGUGUCAUUUGUACCGCCCAAAAAAUUGCCAGAUACCAAGUCUAAACAUGGAGAACCGAGAAACACUCGCCCCUCUUACUUUAUAGCUGGAAGACAAGGACCUUCAAAAUCUGAACCAGUGAUCAGACCACCACUGGAGGCCAGAAAAACCAGACUAGGUACCAGCCAAACAUCUGCUAAGAAAUCUGAAAGAUCACAAUCACUAAACAGACUAACAAUUUUGGAGAGCACAAGUGUUGUCACUCAGGUAAGAAUGUGUCCAAAGCGGACAAAAUUAGGAAGCACAGGAUCAUUACCCGAGGUGAGAAGAACAAGAUUAAGUCUUCGACACUUAUAUGGAGCGGAGAGGCCUAAAACCGAUGGAGCAGACGCGAGACUAAAACCGAAGCAGCCCUGGAAAAAUCCUCUCAGUGAUCCUCCAAAAAGGGAAGGACCACCACGGGUUCUUUGGAUGGAUAGGGAAAGAGUAAAGCCAGUGCAAAACAGAACAAGUUGGAAAAUUCCUGCUAACAUCUUGUUUUGAUAUUAACUACAAACAAAUCACACAUUACAGACAAGAUUUUUUUUGUUAAAAAACAUUUGUUGUAUACACCUUUCUUCAAAGACUUUGUUCAAAUUGUAUAGUUUGAGCAGUUUUUUGUCUUUUUGCAUGCUUUUGAGUUGGAAUGGUGUCUUAGUUGACUUCCUGGCAAGUACCCGUCUCAACCUAUGGACUAGCACAUGAUGAACAUCUCUACCUAGCCAUGAACUCCAGUGACAAGGUAGCAAUUGCAAGAGGGUCGGACUUGUAGUGGGCUAACAGACACGAGACCUGCAUUGAGUGCAACAAAGGAUUUUGGAGGACUUCAU